CGGCUUUUGUCCAGUGUAGUUAUUACUUGUUACCUUUUUCUUCGAAGAUGUUUAUCUGUUCGUAUUGUUCACUGGCCUUUGCUACGGAAGGAGUACUUAAUUUUCAUGUUAAAAAAUGUCGCAAAAUAACUGAAGGAAUAAAAUCGUCGCAGGCGGAAUCCGGGCCCGAGGACUUCCUCACCAGUGCUAAUAAAAUAUUUUCAAAUAUACUGGAAAUCUGUGAAUAUUGCUAUCAGAAUUUUGAUACAUCGGAGGAACUUGUCGCGCACAGAACAAUAUGUAUAAUUAAAAAUGUGCACUGCAUGUUGGAUAAACUGGCCAAAAUUGAUUUAACACGGAGUGGCAAACAGCCUGCAAAGAUAUUGACACCUUCUUCUUCGUUAUCAACGUCAAGUGACCAUUCUGAACAGAAAUCUAAUAAAGAACGUAACUUGAGCAGUUUUGCUGAUUUAUAUCAUGCCAUAGAUUGCGCACUGAUGCCUCCUCCUACAACAUCGGUGUCAAAAGAACUCAGUGUACAAAAAUAUUCAAAAAAACGACUAUUCGACACUUCUGAUACAGAUCGUUCCAACAAAUGUAACGUCAACUUAGAAUUAACCUCUCCUCCGAAGAUUUUCCGUUUCGAUGACAAAAAUCAAAAAAAGAUUGAGAAGAAUGACACAGAGCAAGAAAUUGCCGCUGAUAAUAUAUGUCAUAUCGCUACAUCUGUACUCAAGCUAGCGCCCUGUGAAUAUUGUUCAGUGAGUUUUGAGACUGAGGCAGAACUUCUUGCACAUAGUAAAAUAUGUGAUGCGAAGAACAAUCCGUACACAAAAGAAACGUUUGAAUGCAUCAACUGUUUAUUAAAAUUCCAAUCACUGAGUAAACUAACAAUUCAUAUUUCACAGUGUUUCAAGAAAAACGACCAACAAUUUUGGUGUCCGGACUGCGGAAAUCUAUUCUGGACCAUUCACAAGCUUGCAACACAUAAGACAUUUUAUUGUGAGAAAAAAAGCCAACGCCAAUUAAAAGCAAUAGGAAAAUGGAAUAAAUUGUAAUAUAAAUUCACUCACUGCGUCAUAUUUUCCAAAAGAAAGAGAGAAUAAAAUGAACGAAUGAUAGAAAAUACAAGAUGCCAAGUGAUAAUUUUCUUUUGCAUACACAAUCUUAGAACAUAACUUGCAAAAAAGAUAACAAACAACGAAAAUUGUGAUUGCAUAUAACGAUCAUCUUGACAAUUGGAUUUAAGUAUUAUUUUACUAAUGUUAGUUUACGAUUACGUUUUUUUAUGUUUUGCUUGAUAAUAAUUUUUGACAAGUACACGUUAGAAAACAGACUUCAGGUGU